UCUUCCCCUCCCUCUCUCUCUUCCCCCCCUCCUACAGACAGUGUAGUGGAGGAUGGGGAGUUAUCAACAGUGUGUUAUAGACCAGAGGGGUUGGACCAGCUACUACAACAGACUAAGUUCACCAGGAGAGAACUACAGAUCCUCUACAGGGGCUUCAAGAAUGAAUGUCCUAGUGGUGUGGUGGAUGAAGAGACAUUCAAGUUAAUCUACUCCCAGUUCUUUCCUCAGGGAGACUCCAGCACCUACGCUCAUUUUCUGUUCGAAGCGUUUGACACCCACAAGAAUGGUUCUGUGAGCUUCGAAGACUUCGUCACAGGCCUGUCAAUCAUCCUGAGAGGCUCUGUCACAGAGAAACUCAACUGGGCUUUUAACCUCUACGACCUCAACAAAGAUGGCUUCAUCACCAAAGAGGAGAUGACUGAUAUAAUGAGCUCUAUCUAUGAUAUGAUGGGGACGUGCACGUACCCCUGUAUGCAGAACGACGCCCCCAAGGAGCACGUCGACAUCUUCUUCCAGAAAAUGGACAAGAACAAAGAUGGCGUGGUCACCAUUGAGGAAUUUCUGGAGUCUUGUCAAAAGGAUGAGAACAUCAUGCAGUCCAUGCAUCUGUUUGACAACGUCAUUUAGUGAUACUUCCUGUGGGUGUGGCCUAAAGGACAGGGUUCCCAUAUUUAGCCCCACAGCCUCCACCCCUAGCUCCCCUCUAUCCCCAAACACAGACUCAUUAAGGCUGUCAGGGGGGUAAAAGGUACCCCUCCAUGGAUCUCCACUCUCCCAUCCAUCCCUAGGCCCUAGACCCCCCCUACCCCUACCUGGGAAGAUCAGACAACAGUUAGGUGGGCAAUAGGUACACCUCCAUGGGUCUCCACUCUCUCAUCCACCUCUAGCCCAUCUCUGCUCCCCAAAAGAGACACCCCUACCUGGGAUGGUCAGACAACAGUUAGGGACUCAAGAGCCACGAUGUAUUGGACACCAUAGCACUCAUUCUAUAUGACAUCACAUUCACACUAUGCAAUAAUGUCCUUUAUUCUCUAUUACUAGUUGGACAAAAUGGUGGACUCAAAAGGCUUUAAAUCAGGCAAUAAUCUCACCGCCUGGUCUGAACUUGUUAACUGUGAGAUAUAUUAUUAUCAGUCAACGAACGUUGCAGAAUGUUCCAUCUCUCAAUGUUCUGGAAUGGAAUCCCCUGGCUGACGGAAUUACCCACAACCCUCCAAACAUCCAUAUUGUGUCCUAUUCACCUCAUUAUCUAUGGAAAUCUGGGCGGGGUCUGUUUAUGUUUUUUUGUGGGUGACUUCUGGUUAAGUACUUCCGGCCAAUAGUUGGGAGCUAGUUAACUAACUCAGUAUCGCUUCUCACAACUUUACAAACAUAAAAUGGUCAUUUUAUGUUGGGUAAGGGGUUGCCACGGUAAUUGGCAGAAAUGGAAGCUGUUCAUGGAGCAGGAGUGUUUGACCACCAAACUUUUUUGAGGAGCAGUGCAGUUGUGAGGCGCCUUUUGAUUUGCAGCCACCUCCUAAGGACGAGGAGUCUCUUCAGCUUUGGCUCAAAGCAUUGAAAAGAUGCUGUAAAGAGGUCAAUGGAACUCGACCAAAACAAUCGAAUUGCCAUGGAAACGCUUGAGGGAAAGAUCCCAAAUCUCCUCAUUGCCCCCCCAGCAAAAUGAACCUAUAUUUAGGCUUUUAUUUACAGUAUAGAGUAUGUGUACUAUGUUGUGGUAAAAAUCAGAGUUUAACGCUUGUAUGGAUGUCAACCAUUGGAGGUUGGUGGCACCUUAGUUGGGGAGGACGGGCUCGUGGUAAUGGCUGAAGAGGUAUAGUUGGAAUGGUAUCAAAUGCAUCAAACACAUGGUUUCCAUGUGAUUGAUGCCAUUCCAAUUGCUCCAUUCCAGCCUUUAUUAUGAGCCGUCCUCCCCUCAGCAGCCUCCUGUGAUGUCAACCCCAAUGUUCAGGUCAUUGUCACCAACUAACUACAUUACAGUUAAAAACUACUUUGACUACACCACUGAUUUCUGUAUGCUAGCUAUGCUACCAGCUUAUAUGAAGGUGAGUUAGCAUUUAUCAGUCACUCCUUCUAAACCUGAAAAGGGACAACUUCUAAAUUAUGCAGCAAAGACAGCCAAAUAUAUUCAAAUCAAACUUUAGUUGCCACAUUGUGGGCCUGUUUACAAUACAUAAAUCACGGCGGAUUGAUGAAUAUCCACUUUGUUAUAUCAGAUAUGUUUAAUGUGCACCAAUCCGGCGUCCCUCUUAUAUCCCCCACGGUCUGUGUUCCAUUGACCUCUUUACAGCAUCUAUAGUGUAUGCAUGAUGUGUUUAAAAAUGACAAUAAGUAAUAUUUAAUGUAACUGGUUGUGUGUGUACUGUAGGUGCUGGACAUUGCUCCUUCUGAAGGUGUCUGUGUAUAUUUUGUACUGACAUGAUGAUAUGAUGAUGGAAGUGAAUAAACCACUAUUGCUAUGCAAACCAAUGUAAAUGUUUUAUUUGUAGUUACUGUAUGUACAGUACAAAAGGUGUGAUUUUGAAAGCUACUUUGAAGUUACUGUUCUAACAAGGUGAAAACAAUGACAAUGAAGUUUAAUCUGAACAGUUUAUUAAACACAAUCCACACUU